AUGACCUCCGGGAGCGGCGCAGAGAGCCACCCGGAGCACCCCCCUCACUCCCCCAUCCUCACCCAUUUCAUCGAGGGUUUCGUGAUCCAGGAAGGAAACACUCCCUUCCCCCUGGAGCGACCGUCCUUCUCUGUGGACGCCCUCCCUCUCAAAGGCCUCCUUCAAACAGUGGGUGGAAAGUUGCGGCUCUCAUCCUCCCACAAGAGAGACAGAACUCUGAGGACACAGACACAACACGUCACAGACACAGACGUCCCAGACACGUCACAGACACAGACGUCACAGACACAGACGUCUCAGACACAGACGUCACAGACACAGACGUCUCAGACACAGACGUCUCAGACACGUCACAGACACAAACGUCUCAGACACGUCACAGACACAGACGUCACAGACAGACGUCCCAGACACGUCACAGACAGACGUCACAGACACAGACGUCUCAGACACGUCACAGACACAGACGUCACAGACACAGACGUCUCAGACACGUCACAGACAAACGUCUCAGACACGUCACAGACACAGACGUCACAGACACAGACGUCUCAGACACGUCACAGACAAACGUCUCAGACACGUCACAGACACAGACGUCACAGACAGACGUCCCAGACACGUCACAGACAGACGUCACAGACACAGACAGACGUCACAGACACAGACGUCACAGACACAGACGUCUCAGACACGUCACAGACACAGACGUCUCAGACACGUCACAGACACAGACGUCACAGACACAGACGUCUCAGACACGUCACAGACACAGACGUCUCAGACACGUCACAGACACAGACGUCUCAGACACGUCACAGACACAGACGUCUCAGACACAGACGUCUCAGACACGUCACAGACACAGACGUCUCAGACACGUCACAGACACAAACGUCUCAGACACGUCACAGACACAGACGUCACAGACGACACAGACGUCGCAGACACAGACGUCACAGACAGACGUCACAGACAGACGUCACAGACAGACGUCACAGACAGACGUCACAGACAGACGUCACAGACACAGACGUCACAGACACAGACGUCUCAGACAGACGUCUCAGACACAGACGUCUCAGACACGUCACAGACACAGACGUCACAGACACAGACGUCACAGACGACACAGACGUCACAGACACAGACUAG